GAGAAAGGAAGCAAGCUUUUGCUGACGUAACUUCCACCACAGAUACAGUGACGCUGCUAUCCCAGACCGAACCUGCGGAGCCGCCGCAAGGAUGUCCAGACACAGUCGGUACGGCGCAGAGACAAAGGUGUACGUGGGGAACCUGGGGACGGGGGCAGGCAAAGGUGAGCUGGAGCGGGCCUUCGGGUACUACGGACCCCUCCGAACCGUCUGGAUCGCUAGGAACCCGCCGGGUUUUGCCUUCGUGGAGUUUGAAGACCCGCGAGAUGCCGACGACGCCGUCCGAGGGUUAGACGGGAAGGUGAUCUCUGGAAGUCGUGUGCGGGUGGAACUCUCCACUGGGAUGCCUCGGCGCUCCCGCUAUGACCGCCCUGUGACGCGGCGACCUUUUGACCCCAACGAUAAAUGCUACGAGUGUGGAGAGAAAGGUCACUACGCCUAUGACUGUCACCGCUACAGCCGCCGCAGUCGGAGGAGCAGGUCCAGGUCCCGGUCCAGGUCCCGUAGGAGGCGGUACUCCCGCAGCAGGAGUCGCAGCAGGAGCCGAGAGAGGAGGUCCAGGUCUUUCUCUCCUCGCCGCUCCCGCUCAGCCUCACCCAGAAGAUCCAGAUCAGCCUCAGCGCGGAGGUCCAGGUCCAGGUCCGGGUCUCGAGGCCGGAGCAGGUCUGGUUCGAUGGGCCGCUCUCGCUCUGGAUCUCCGGCUCGAAGUCACUCGUCUGCGGGGAGUCGUGCCGCUGAUGAGUAAACUUCUUGUUUCCUGUCUGUUGAUGUUUUUUGAGUUUUUGUAUGACCUUUAUUCAGCUUUGUCGAUAUUAUUGAUCACCGAUUGUUGUCCUUCAGGCUGUUGGGUUUCAAUUCGGUUACUUCCUGUUUGUCUAGUCCUUGAAAGAUCAAUAAAGAUUUAUAUAAGGGC